UUGGCGCAGCGAAAAUUUCUGCUGGAAGGAUUAAUAUGCUUGCGAAAUGCAUUGGUUACACUGGGCGCUCCUUUGUUGGCGAUUAAAGCAGUUGACGAGCAGAAAGCAGUGGACAUCGCUUUGAAGUUGAGCGAACAGGCCUGCGAAGUGGUCACAGAUGCGGCUUAUUUGCGCCAAGAUCGUACUUUCGAAGAAAACCUCAACGAAAAGUUGAUCGUGAAACGAAGAAGGCUUACAAGAGUUGAAGGAAAUGUUUGCGUUCCCGUUACGGUAUUGUGCGCGAAACCUGCGUUCAAUGCUACUACAAUCCGAAAAGUUGCUUGGCAUCUCCUCGAGAAGUUGCGUCUGGAAAAAUGGGACGACACACCGAACAUCCACUGUGAAACGGGCAGUGCUUUGUUGGGCGGUGAAGACGCAGCACAAAAAGUCCUGCAAGAAUUCAUUGCUAGCAGACUGAACUCAUACGACCAGGGCAGGCCUCUCUGCGAUACUUUACAAUGCAUGAACAUCGAUAUGGAGCUUUCAAAGGCUGCUGAUGCAUGCAAAACUAGCAGUGCUUUGUUGGGCGGUGAAGACGCGGCACUAAAAGUCCUGCAAGAAUUCAUUGCUAGCAGACUGAACUCAUACGACCAGGGCAGGAAUGUGCCUAUUGGAGAAAAUCAGAGUUUUUUAUCAGCGUACAUUCAUUUUGGCAUGUUGAACCCAGUUGAUAUUGUUACCGAAGUUCAGCGUUCCAGUGUUCGAAAAGCUGCUAAAGAUGCGUUUUUGGAGGAAUUGGUUAUUCGACGAGAAUUGGCACAUAAUUUUGUCUACUAUUACAAGGAUACUUAUGAUACGUUUGACUGCCUGCCAGACUGGGCCAAGAAAACAAUGGAUGAGCAUCGUCACGAUAAACGCAAACAUAUUUAUACAUACCGAGAGCUGGAAGAGGGGCGUACCCACGAUCCUUACUGGAAUGCGGCGCAGUUUGAACUCGUUUACACUCACAGAAAUAGACCAGUGUUUGGAAAGCUCCGUUAUAUGUGUGCGGAAGGCAUACAACGAAAAUUCCGAAAGCACAUUGAUGAGUACGUCAGAAAAAAUUACGAACGUGCUGGUCGUGAAUUAAUGCCGAGCAAUUUAUUAUCAAAAGAGAAGAAAGAUGAAGUUGGGGAAGCUUUGGGACCUAAGGCAAAAAGAGCUCGAAAAAGUGCACCACGCAGAGGUUUAAAAACAUAA